CGCAGGAGGCGGCGGUGGCAGUUGGGGCGCCCCCGCUUCGCCGCGUGAGCGGGGUAGCGUACGCGCGCUGUGGUGAGAUGUUCGUGGCGCGCAGCAUUGCUGCGGAUCACCGCGACCUCAUCCACGAUGUCUCCUUCGACUUCCACGGGCGGCGCAUGGCCACUUGUUCCAGCGACCAGAGUGUCAAAGUCUGGGACAAAAGCGAAAAUGGGGAUUGGCACUGCACAGCCAGCUGGAAGACACAUAGUGGAUCUGUGUGGCGUGUGACAUGGGCCCAUCCUGAAUUUGGGCAGGUCCUGGCUUCCUGCUCUUUCGAUAGAACAGCAGCUGUAUGGGAAGAAAUAGUGGGAGAGUCAAAUGAUAAACUCCGAGGCCAGAGUCACUGGGUAAAGAGGACCACUCUAGUAGACAGUAGGACAUCUGUUACAGAUGUGAAGUUUGCUCCCAAGCAUAUGGGUCUUAUGUUAGCAACCUGUUCAGCAGAUGGUGUUGUAAGGAUUUAUGAAGCUCCAGAUGUUAUGAAUCUCAGCCAGUGGUCACUGCAGCAUGAAAUCUCAUGUAAGCUAAGCUGCAGUUGUAUUUCUUGGAAUCCCUCAAGUUCUCGAGCACAUUCUCCAAUGAUAGCUGUAGGAAGUGAUGACAACAGUCCAAAUAUAUUGGCUAAGGUUCAAAUUUAUGAAUAUAAUGAAAACACCAGGAAAUAUGCCAAAGCAGAGGCUCUGAUGACAGUCACAGAUCCUGUACAUGAUAUUGCCUUUGCUCCAAAUCUUGGAAGAUCCUUCCACAUCUUAGCUGUGGCAACCAAAGAUGUCCGAAUUUUCACACUAAAACCUCUAAGGAAAGAGUUGACUUCAUCUGGAGGAUUAACAAAAUUUGAAAUUCAUAUUGUGGCCCAGUUUGAUAAUCAUAACUCCCAGGUGUGGCGAGUGAGCUGGAAUAUUACAGGCACAGUGCUUGCUUCCUCUGGUGACGAUGGCUGUGUCAGGCUCUGGAAGGCUAAUUACAUGGACAACUGGAAGUGUACUGGUAUACUGAAAGGUAACGGGAGUCCAGUGAAUGGUAGUUCUCAGCAGGGAAUUUUUAAUGCCUCUCUAGGUUCUGCCAAUACAAGUCUACAGAAUUCACUAAAUGGAUCAUCUGCCAGCAGAAAGCAGAGCUGAUACCAAGCUAACUGGAGUAACUUUGGUGUUUUGCUGCUUGUUGCAUGCACACAGGAAUGGAAACCGAACUCCUUUUUCCCCUCCCCAACGCCGUUUGACCUCUCCCAAGACACCAGCACCUGCUAACUACUAAAUGCUAUUCAGAAAGCCUUUUUAAAACACCUCAUGUACGUUUUUUCUACUAGGCUGUACAAUUUGAUUCUGUUGGAACUCCUGAUAGAAAAAUACAUGGAGAGGCUUCUUGUUUGGAAAAAAACCCCACAACCAAGCAACCUAAACCCAAAACUUCCAUCUAAACUUUUUUUUUUUUUUGAAGCUUGUCAAAUUAAAAGGCUAGUUCAUAACUAAAAAAUUAGAUUUUUUGUCCUGGAUUGGGACAGGAGGAGGGAAGUAACUAUUAAAGUGAUUUUUGUUAAAAUUGUUUUGAGAAAUAAUCUGUUUUGCAUUUCAUAGUGUUCAGCAUUUGAUUAAGAUUCCUAAACAUGACAAGUUUGUAUGCUAUGUAAUAUAUGCAACUGUUAGUUUGAAGGGAUUAAGAAAAUUGUGUUUUGACAACUGUACAGAUGGUAGCUUUUAAUAGUUUGGUAUUGCUUCAUUUGUACCUUAGUAUGACUUCAAAUAAAUGUUCUGUAAGUACUGUCAUACUUUCUUUAUCCUAAGAAAAGUACUCUUUCUGAUGUGUAUUUGUACAUUCCUAUGGUAGUAAUUCCAUGGAGUAACUGCAAUUCUCUAAACAUAGUAUCCUAAAAAAUGCAAACACUUGAGCCAUACAAAGACUGAAACCAAAAUGCAGCUUUUUGUGAAUUGCCCCAUAAUUUCAUUAAUCAUACAGCUGUUCCUUUAUGUAAGUCUGCAGAACUGUAAACAAGACAGAAAACAUCUGUAGGUAUGUGGUAAUACUAAAAUGCAUGAGUAUUACGGGUAAAUUCUAAUAAAACCAGCAGAAAAAUGACAUGAAAUGGCAGAAUUUCAAGUCUUGCAUUCACCAAGAAUCUGAAAUUUCCUCUGAGGAUUUUGCAGAAUAUGUAAAUACAUGCAAAGACUGUAUCUCACUGAAAGUAGUUAUUCUCUGUAAAUAUAUAUUAUAAAAUCUAAAGUAUUGUAAGAACAAUGAUGUUUUUACGUCUAUCCAGAAGUGCUGUGAAGUUAAUCUGAAUUAGAUGCAUAUGCAGAAAAUGUACCUAACAAUAUUUAAUGUAUACUUUGUGUCGCAAAUGAAGCGUUACUAAAAGCUGUUACAAAAUCAUAAAAAUUAUGGGAGAAUGAAAGCCUGUUCAUAGCUGUGCUACACCAUCCUUUUGAAUUCCAAAGCAAUAUUCUCUGUAUAAAUGUAUACUAGGGUUAUUAUUACGGUAUUUUUUUCUAUGAAUUUUGGUGGGAAAAGACUGUAUUAUUUUCCUUUAAAGAACAGUUUCCAGAUUUGUCUUGUUUUGAAUUACAAGCCUUGAUUUCUGCUAUUAUGUUCUAUUGGUUUUGGCAUGGAUAUAUACUAAAGCCUUUUGGUUUGGUUUUAUUUUUUCCAGCAUGUGUUCUCCCCUUUGGUUCUCCUGUAUUUACUACCUUUCUCUUUUUCUUGUUUUGUUUUUGUUUGUUUUGUUUUUGUUUUGGUGUUUUGUUCCUUUCUUAAUUGUUUCAGGUAUUUCUUUCCCCCUCUGGAUUCCCCACGGGCUGGGUCAAGAUGGUCCAGUCAUGCCCAGCUCCUUCCUCCUCCUCCUCCUCUGAUAGAGCACUCUUGCGAUGCUGACACUGCCAACCUCCAGUAUCCUCACCCUCGCAGACGAUGUGUAUCUCGGCCUCUUAGUCUAUUACCUGAGAAUGAAGGGGUUUAACAUGUUACUUUAAACUCUGAAGGGCCUUA